AUGGAUAAUAAUAAUAAUAUCAAGAAAGAACAAGUUUUCUUACAUGGUGACUUGGAUAUUUAUGUAAUAGAAGCAAAAUCUCUUCCAAACUUGGAUCUUUCUUCAGAAGCAGUAAGAAGAUGCCUGAGCAUGGGGAACUUCUUCACAUCACCAUUCUCAAAGAAAAUGAGGAGUUCAGGGAAAGAUAAGAUGAUAACAAGUGACCCUUAUGUCUCUGUAGUCAUAGCAGGUGCUACCAUAGCUCAAACUAGAGUGAUUCCAAACAGCGAAAACCCGAUUUGGGACGAGCAUUUCAUCAUGCCGGUUGCUCACCCUGCUCACAAGAUUGAGUUCAUUGUGAAGGAUAAUGAUGUUCUUGGUGCUGAGUUAAUUGGUGUAGUUGAUAUUCCUGUUCAGAGGGUAGUCUCAGGGGAAAACAUAGAUGAUUGGUUUCCAAUCAUCGGACAGUACUCGAAUUGCUUGCAGGCUUAUCCUGAGCUGCAUAUUUCGAUUCAGUUUUGGCCGGUCGGAGGCGUUAAGGACGAUAUUUGUAGUGGUGAUAGUGGAGUUCCUAAGACAUAUUUUCCAUUGAGGAAAGGAGGGAAUGUGACUCUGUAUCAAGAUGCACAUGUUCCUGAUGGAAUGCUACCUGAUAUUGAAUUGGAUGGUGGAAAAGUGUUUCAAGCUGGUAAAUGUUGGGAGGAUAUUUGCCAUGCAAUUUUGGAAGCUCAUCAUUUGAUAUAUGUUAUUGGUUGGUCAGUUUAUCAUCCAAUAAAACUUGUUAGAGAGCCAACAAGGCCAUUGCCUUGUGGUGGAGAGCUUUCACUUGGAGAGUUGUUGAAGUACAAAUCACAAGAAGGUCUUAGAGUUGUUAUGCUCAUUUGGGAUGACAGAACUUCACAUGACAAGUUCCUUAUCAAAACUGAUGGAGUGAUGCAAACUCAUGAUGAGGAAACCAAAAAGUUCUUUAAAAAUUCUGCUGUUCAUUGCGUGCUAUCUCCGCGUUAUGCAAGCAAUAAGCUCAGUAUUUUCAAGCAACAGGUUGUGGGAACCCUCUUUACUCAUCAUCAGAAAUGUGUGCUUGUUGACUCACAAGGUGCAGGGAAUAAUCGGAAAAUAUCUGCUUUUAUUGGUGGUCUGGAUCUCUGUGAUGGCAGAUAUGAUACACCUCAGCAUAGGCUAUUUCGCGAUUUAGAAACCGUUUACAAAGAGGAUUUUCAUAAUCCUACAUUUCAAGUAGGUUCUAGUGGAGGUGGACCAAGAGAGCCAUGGCAUGACAUGCAUUGCAAGGUUGAAGGGCCAGCAGCUUAUGAUAUAUUAACCAAUUUUGAACAAAGAUGGAGGAAAGCCAAAAAAUGGCGAGACUUUAGACUCAACAAGGUCACGAAUUGGCACGACGAUGCAUUGCUAAGGCUAGAUCGGAUAUCAUGGAUUGUCAGUCCAUCUUUGAGUUCUGGUGAUGAUAAAGCUAUCCAGGUGACCGACGAAAAUGAUCCUGAAACUUGGAAUGUGCAGGUAUUUCGGUCCAUAGAUUCAGGAUCCGUGAAGGGUUUUCCAAAGGAUUUCGACAAGGCUCAGUCUCAGAAUCUUUUAUGUGGAAAGAAUUUAAAAGUAGACCAAAGCAUUCAUACUGCUUAUGUUAAAGCAAUAAGAUCAGCCCAACACUUCAUUUAUAUUGAGAAUCAGUAUUUUCUGGGCUCAUCAUAUCAUUGGCCUUCAUAUGAAAAAGCAGGUGCAAAUCACUUGAUUCCAAUGGAGUUGGCCUUAAAAAUUUCUAGCAAGAUCCGAGCGAAUGAACGUUUUGCUGUAUACAUAGUUAUACCAAUGUGGCCAGAGGGGGUUCCAACAAGUAAUGCUGUCCAGGAAAUCUUAUUCUGGCAGGGACAAACAAUGGCUAUGAUGUAUAAGAUUAUUGCAGAUGCACUUAAAGAUGCUCAAGUCUCCCAUAUAUAUCAUCCACAUGAUUUUCUCAACUUUUUCUGCCUUGGAAAUAGAGAACCUGAGGCCACACCAACUCCAUCACCACAUAGAGAAUCAUCUGAAAACCGUGGUUUGGGAUCAGUCAAGAAAUUCAAACGUUUCAUGAUUUAUGUUCAUGCCAAAGGAAUGAUAGUUGAUGAUCAAUACGUAAUCAUUGGAUCAGCAAACAUUAACCAGAGAUCAAUGGAUGGUUCAAGAGACACAGAAAUAGCCAUGGGUGCUUAUCAACCAAAAUAUACUUGGAAAGAAAAAAACUGGCAUCCACAUGGCCAGGUGUAUGGAUACCGGAUGUCGCUGUGGGCCGAGCACCUUGGCAGUCUUGAUGACAGAUUCAAAGAGCCUCAUAGCUUGGAAUGUGUGAGGACUAUGAACAACAUAGCCAAACAAAACUGGAACACAUUUGCAUCUGAUAGAAUCAGUCAUAUGAAAGGGCACUUGAUGCUGUAUCCAGUUAAGGUUGGCAGAGAUGGAAAAGUCACUGCACUUGAUAAUUGUGAUUCAUUUCCUGAUGUUGGUGGCAAAAUUCUUGGAGCUGCAAAUUCUCUUCCAGACACCUUAACCACAUGAUGAAAUAAUCAUCAAUGAUCAUUAACCAAAACUUCUUCAAGAAUUGCUUGCAGCACAAGAAAAUUGUAACAUAGCAUGUGGAGUAUCUUUGAGAAAACAUUAGAGGUGUAACAUAAAUACAUAA